AUGAAAGAACCUACCCCUACAACAGAACACAACCUCCCCUCCAGACCCUUACCCCUAAAGGGGCGUAGCCUCCGCUUCCUCGUCAUCGGCGCCGGCUCCCGGGGCAACGCCUACGCCCGCGCCGUAACAACCAGCACCCCCGCGCGCAUCCACGCCGUCGCCGAACCGCACGCCUUCAAGCGCGCCGAUUUCGGCCGGAAGUAUAUCUGGGGCGAGGACGGGCGGCCAGCCGAGGGUCAGGAGUUUAGUGAUUGGAGGGAAUGGUUGGAGUGGGAGACGAGGCGACGACAGUCGCAACAGCCGGAAGGGGUGGAUGGAGGCGUGGACGGUGUCUUCGUCUGCACGCUCGACGAAACACACGUUGAGAUCGUGACGGCCAUAGCGCCAUUGGGGCUGCAUAUCCUCUGCGAGAAGCCGCUUGCGCUGUCGCUGGGUGAUUGUCUAGCUGUUUAUAAAGCAUUGUCGCCAGCCAGCGCCAGCGAUAGCAAGAGCCAUAACGGCGAUGCCUCCGGCGGGGACAAGGUCUUCUCCAUCGGCCACGUCCUCCGCUACAGCCCACACAACAUCCUCCUCCGCAAGCUCCUCCUCCUCGACCGCGCCAUCGGCGACAUCGUCUCCCUGGAACACACCGAGCCGGUAGGCUGGUGGCAUUUCGCACACAGCUACGUCCGGGGCAACUGGCGGCGCGCGACAGCCCAAGGCGACGGCUCCCUGCUUACCAAGUCCUGCCAUGAUAUCGACUUUAUCAUGUGGCUGCUGGCCUCUCCGCCGGAGUAUGUGACGGGGCAGGGAAGCACGCAGACGCACCACCCCCGCAGCAUCACCUCCACCGGCACCCUGACUCAAUUCCGGCGCGCCCGCAAACCACCCGCCGCAGGCGCAGCGACAAACUGCCUCUCGUGUCCUGCAGAGCGGGAAUGCAUCUACAGCGCUGUGCGGAUCUACCGCGACCUGCACCUGGCCCGCGGCGAGACAGGCUGGCCUGUUAAGAUCGUGGUGCCUGAUAUCGAGGACGUGUUGCGCUCGUCUGAGGAUAACAAGGCUGCAGCAGCGAAAGCCGAGGCGCAUCUCCUGGCCCGCCUGCGCGAGGACUACUCCCCUGCCGAAAUGAGCGACGAGGAGAUUGCGCAGCGACCGUGGUAUGGCCGGUGUGUCUACGAGGCGGACAAUAACGUCUGCGACGACCAGGUCGUGACCAUUACGUGGGAUGAGGAGGAGGAAUCACCAGUCAACGGGGAGGGGCGACGCGCCAAAACGGCCGUCUUCCAUAUGAUUGCCCCCACGGAGAAACAGUGCGAGCGCCGCGGGCGGGUCUACGGGACGCGCGGCGAGAUCGCCUACGAUAGCCGGACUAUCUCCAUCUAUGAUUUCGCGACGCGCUCGACUACCACCAUCGAGGUGCCCAAGCAGCCGCCCGAAGAGGAGGAGGCGCACGGCGGAGGAGACUACGGGCUGGCGCGCAGCUUCGUGCGUGCUGUGGAUGCGGUCGAGAAUGAGGGCUGGGAUGUGCAGCGCGCGCAGACCCAUUUCGUCGGCUGUACCCUGGAAGAAGCAGUUCGCAGUCAUGCCGUGGUCUUUGCGGCCGAAGAGGCCAGGCGGGAGGAAAAGGUCGUGCGGUGGAAAGAGUGGUGGGCCGAAAAGCUUACUGCGGCUGGCAUCGCAUGA